AUGAAGAGCCUCCAUGCGCCUACCUCGUUGACUGAAAUUCGACACCUGGAAUUAGGGACGCUAAAUUCAGAUGAUCAGAUAAAUCGAUCUGCGCUAUAUCUCACUGACCAGGCUAGCCACUUGACUUACCGUGGGCCAAGAUUAGACUUCUCUACUUCGGCUCUCUUUGCCUAUAAUCCAUCGCCACCUAAUAGACAAUCGCUGCUCCGAAUUGUUCCAUUGACGCUCCCUUCAAAUGUAUCCCCACUACUAGAUUGGGGAAGCGAACCCACCGAAAUCGAGGAAACCGGGCUUUCAGGCCUUGAAGACUUCCGUUCUUGCAUCAAGACAUACAUCCGAACUUUGCCAGUCGCACAGCCACCACCAUUGAAGCGAAGGAGAUCGAUUGAAGCAAGCCCUCAAGAUCGAAGACCGAAUGCAACCAAGAAGUCCCGCUUUGCUAUCCCUUUGCCUGCACCGUCCAACCUCCCUGGUCCGGCGGUCUCCGCAAAAAUACGAAAUGCUGCACUCUCUGUACUGCAGUCCAAAAGUAGUACUAAGAGUAAUAUUCCUGUGCGCCUCAGACUGGGUCUAACCAAACGUACGAAUAUUGGUUCGAAACUGAUAUCCAAACGGCCUUCUGAUCCCCCUUAUGGUACAUCCCUUGAGGCUAAACUUGCACAUAGGAACGCAGCAGUGCCCGAUCCACCUCCGAAGGCGGAGGUGGGGCCCUCGGGUGCCAACAGCUCCUCCAAAAGAACCCUCGUACUUAGAGUAAAAACACUAGAAAGCACACUCGGCCCCUCGAUGGAUGAGAAAAGCCAGAUCCAAAUUCCGAUCGAUCCAGUAGUUCCCAAUUCUUUCCCUUCAUCGAGCCUAUCUGAAGCUACAUCGAGAAGAUGUGCUGAACCUAUGGGCAGAGUGCUGGUACCAUCUUCACCGUCCCUAUCCACAGAUAGAACUAUAGAGGUACCGGCAUCUCACCGUUACGACACCGGCUCUCCUGGUCUCUGUGCAGACAUGCCCGUGUUAUUGGAUGGUAUUCCAGAAUUCGCUUCGCUUCCGUCGCCCAAGGCCGAAUCUACGCCUGGUUUCUUACUCUCGCACACUCUCCCUAACUCGUCUGACUGGGAUCUUGUGAUGGAGAAAAACCAAGUUCAACCCUUGUGUGGGGAUUUGUCUCGCCUGAAGUCCGGUGUAUUCCAUUCAGACUCUUUAUUGCUCUCUCUUGAAAAACCGAGCUUACCCAACUUAUCCAACCAGACUGGUACAUCGUCGGACCUUGAUACGUCUUAUGAUUUGAAACUUAAUCAACUGAUGGCAUCUGUUUUUUACGACUCCAGUCAAGACUCAAAUGUUAUUCAACCCGAUCAAGUCGACAAGAGCCUAAAUUCCCCAACUAACGUUUCCCUGAAUACCGAUGAGCACGAGUCUUUGCCAUGGGAGUUAUCCCCAAUGGAGGACCUAGAUGACUUUCGAUUCGAUGGUGAUCAUAAUCUUGAUUCACCCGAGUUUUCACCAGUGGUUAAACCCAUGGAUGCAACUGGUAUUCUGGGACCUAGCAAUUCUGGCACUAAUGAUCAUGGAUUGAAGCAAUCUGGUUCAUCUGACCCUGGCGAUCAUCACUCCAAUUUCGGUAUGAAAUCAGUCUUGUAUGAUUCGAGUCAAGACUCGCCACAACUUCAAGAUGGAGAGAUUGCCUUUCAUGAUCAGCGUAAUCAAAGACAAGAUGAACAUCCCACAGUAGAAGACACCUCGAUUCUUGUACCUUCGUGGAGUUCGGACAUGUCUAUUCGAUCCUGUCCGGACUAUCCGUUAAGUGGCACUCGACCCGUAAACUCUUGGAAGCCUUUUUCAACAUGUGGUGGAGGAUCACCUGAUGAUUUGGUUCUCGCGUCACGUUCCCUUUCACUAGAAGAUCCCGAGACUCGGCAUCCAUCCAAUGGUCAAUCACAGGAAGGGAGCUCUGCCCAACUAGUUUCUCAGGCACCUUUGCAACCUUCUGUGGUUCAUCACACCAACAUACCUGCAGGAUCUACGGGCAAGGCAGCCAACAGCGCGUGUUCUUCGCAUGGGUUUCCCGCACCAACGAAUAAGCGAUCUGGAACGUCCAAACUUGCCGCUUACAAUAAUACAGCAGGCUCGCUAGUAGGAUCAUGUUCUCCUAUCCUAAGCUUCACACCGCUUCCUAAACGGAAUAUUCUGGAUGAUUCACUCGAAUCCAUCGAGUCUCCCGACAUAAGCCAGAUAAUUGUCACUGGUAAACCCUUUCGAAACAACCCCAUCUUCAGAUUUCCAGCGGCCAAACCAACUGCCGAGCCAGAGGAAGAUAUCUCGUGCGAGUCGCAAGAUUUUCGACCAAACAUUCGUUCUGUGUCACAUGGAAUACUCGCCACUUCAUACUCAGCACCCGCGUUUGGGAAGACUACUGGAUCUAAGGAAACUCCCAAGACUGAUCUUACCCCUGAGGUUCCUAGCUCCGUUGGCGUAUCGACACAUGAUGCGCGGCAGAUCUUCUCGAACGUGGAUAGGACGGAGAAUACGGACACUCGAAAAAUCCUCCAAUCGCAUGAGCCUUCUCCCGCGCCCGAUCAUCCACCGGCUCAGCAGCCCCGACCUCCCUCUCCACUAAUCAGCAAGAUUUACAAGGGUCAUUUACAUAGCGUCAUACCACAACCGCAUUUUCUUCCUUCUCUGCCCUGUCCCUCACCGUCCCUGACCGAAGGAAUGUUGGCGAGUUUGGUGCCUCCCAGCUUUCAGAAUUGGCUCAACCAAGAUGGAAGCCCCGCCCAAGAUCAAGCGAGUGCGGCUAGGAACUUUUUAUCUGACACAUGGGGUCGUGCGGCGUGGAUUAUUCCUGUGCGUGGACGUGCCCCAUGGGAGGGAUGUUCUGGAGCCAUGGUCUCACUGAGGCCAAUCAAAGAACGGAAAAAACGAAUAAUCGUUUGGACUCCAGCAGCUUUACGAUCUUUUUGGACACAGAUGGCUGGUUUUAGAGAUACGAAACGUGUGGGUCCUCUCUCCAUGUCAUUCGAAGCCGCACCGGAUAAAGCUCCGGAGCCAGAAGGCCACCAAGAGGCUUCAGAGCUUAAAGCAUCACGAAGUUUCGAGUUUAUCAAGCUGUACCAUGAUUCUCGUGUGUCCUUGAAGCUGAGAACUAUACUACAAGUGCUUGAGUUUGCUGAUGAGGAUCAGUAUGGGGUCGAUGCUACUAUUCUUAAGGAAGAGGAGACAGGGACUGUGGCUAUGCGUCGUUUACUUGGUGCUUCGACGCGACUUGCGUUACUAGAUAGCACCGGAAAUAUUGUACUUGUAUCGUAG